AUGUACUGCUGUAGUAUUAGACUUAAUAGGAUUAGGAAAAAAUCAUCUUAGGUCUCACAGCUAGGCUAACAUAGGCUACCUGCCCUAUGGCAUAUGGUGUAUGGAUUUGGCAUCUGAAGCACAGAAAGGCCAAUAUAAUAACAGUUUGAAGAGUAGAAGUAUUUGGGGGUUUUCCCCCCUAGUUAACAGGAGAGACCUCAAAUGAAACCAACCACAAAAGACCAUCUGACAUGAAUAUCCAUGUUAGCAAUUAUGUGGAGAACAACCAGCAAGAAGAUGACCAAAAUUACGACAGCGAGUCUUCUGUUUAUGAGGACUGUCUGGAAGAAUUCAACCCCUGCUGUAUAACUUCCACAAGGGGAGAUGAGGGUGUUCCGGAAUCAGAGAACAGAGUGUUACAACUCUCAGCCAUAUUGGUCAGGGCACGACAAAGCCUGUGCCCAGGUUCCGUUGUGUCAUACCAUGGAAUGGAGGAUGAGGAGGAUAAGGAUCCACGCCCAAGUGUUUCACCCUUGACAUGGCUCACAGAUGAUGGGGAAGAUGAGCUGGAAACACUGAUCAAUAAAGAACAAGACAUUUAUUAUGACUGCACAGGUCUUCCAUCCUUCACUGGUGAUGAAAAAGAAGAGGGAAAUGCAAAGUUAUCCUUGAAUGUAACUGUCAAGAUGAAGGACCAAAACCUACCAUUUAGAGAGGCUGUUUCGGUGCUUGAGCCUAUCCCCAACUACCAAAAAGACCAGACUAAACAGACCUACAGGACGGAUGAGGAACCAACUCAGUGGUGUCAUCCAUCUUUGUUUACGUCAGUACAUGAGGAUGAGAUGGAUGAGCAUCCUAAGUCUAACAUUUUGCCUCCUGCAUGUACUGCUGGUGUUACUGACACAGAAAGCAACGAGUUGGGUGCCUCAAAUUCAUUUCUCAAAUUGACCGCCGGGAAACAGGGAGGUCACUGUAAGGAACACCUCUCACCUUUGUACUUAAAUCAGCUGUAUGAUGACAGGGACAAACAUCCAAGAAGAACCAUGGUAUCAAAAUCAGAGAGCCGAGAAAAACACCAGGAUCUUGAACGUCCAAACGGACACUUUGAGCCAUCCCCUCGACAUGAAACUGAUGAACAGAGUGCAAAGCAUCCCACACCGUUCUCUACUGAACGCACCUUUAUUUUGCAAAGCAACGUAACACCUUGUCAGCUCCUGCCUGUAUUUCCGACAAAGAGUGAAGCGACAGAGUAUGAUACCAUUCAUUUUUCAACCAGCUUUUUCUCUGAAACAAGGUCAGCUGAUCUUACACUUCUCCUUGGAGAGAGAGAUCUGGAAUCCCUGCAGAGAGGAUGCAACCAAUCAAUGGGCUUCAGGGAUGACACCUCUUCCCUCAUGGAUGAAAAGAAGUAUCACAUACCAGCGAAUAAUAAUGCAUUAGUGUCUUCUGUUGAGAGGCGUGAUGUAGAGAAUAACAAAGGAAAUCAUGUCUCAUCUACAUCUUUUUUUCAUGCUGCAACUGUAAACAGUAAUUCUAAAGCCACUGAGCUUGCAAAGGAUAGCCUUGUAAAACUAACCAAUUCUUCUCCUGAAUUAUGUGGAAUGCAUGAUGACCUCCAGCCUCUUAAUAUAAGUGCCACGAUUUCUGAUUUAAAAGCUGAAUGCCUUGCAGAAGAUCAUGUCUUUUCACAUAGGCUGCACCUAAAGCCAGAUAAAGCCAAUGUGUCACUCUCUGUGGAAAAACCCAUCCUCACCACAGCAAAGCAGAUGAUAAAUUUUGACCUGCAAAAAGCAAAUGACACGACAAAACCCAUUGUGAAUGGUCAUCUUGCUCUGCAUGCAAAACCAUCUGUUUUUCCGAUGAGUCAUGGAAACCCAUGUUCCUCCAAAAGGCUAAGUUCAACCAAAGCCCCAGUGAAAGUCUCUGAUUCCUCCACAGCUCCAUUACUCAGAUUUAACAAGUGUCUACCUCCAGGGACAUCAAUGUACUCUUCAUCUGGGAUUAAAAGCUUGCCCUCAACAUCCAGCUACUGGCACAGGCCUACAGCAAAAGAUAACAACACCAUAGAUCACAGAGGAAGGGUUAACCAAAGAAAUGAACUAUUAUCUGACAUUGUCUCACACACUUACAAAGAUGACAAUCGUCAUUAUAAUGUAAAGGCAAAGCCUAAUUCUCUGCUUGGCACUGAGAAGGUAAAUAAUGAUCCCAAUUUAAAGGAUGAUGAAAAAGACGAAGACAGGAAUCCCUGCUUGCCGCCAUGUCAACAUCCGGUUUCAAGACGAGUAAGCACUGUGUGGUUCCCUACUCCAAGUUCCACACUGUCAACAAAAGCAAGUCAGCAUAAAAGUAAAAAUCUAAAUCCUUGUGGCUUCAACCCUAAGAUUCUCUACUUUGGUGAGGAAUUACAUGACAACAUAUCCAAACUUAUGCCUCCACCAAAAACAGGUGGAAAGGCACAUGAGAGAGAGAACAGACGGAGGCCGUACUCUGAGGUUGGAGCUGCCACCAGCAAGUCAAUAACAGCUGAUCUAAAACCUCCGAUUUUUUUCACCAAACAGCACCACAUGGUCAAUGGCUAUGAGGCUGACGAUGAAGGUGAAAAUACCUCAAAGAUCAAAAGCGAGAAAAUAGAUAGCACUCAGUCCAAAUCUAACAUAACCAAGGAUCUGUCCUCUGAAAUGAAGUCUGGAUCAUUUUUACAAAUACCUGUCUCAGCAAUUUAUCAGGAGAGUAUGUUAGGCUAUGGCUCUGGACCAUCAAGAUCAAGCACCUCCGGUCAUACAUUUAAAGAGAAAGAGCCUUUGCAGCCAUGAGAAACCAGCACUAAACUCUAUGAACUAAUAGUUUUGAGAGACUGAAGAAAUUGCUGCAGGAAAUAUCUUAAAUAAUGUAUGGUUCAUUCAGUAUACAUAAACCACAUAAUAUGAUUUUUUAAAUCAACCUUAUAAAGAAGCAAAAUAUAAUAAACUGCAAUAAAAUUCAA